ACAAACACCGCCCGGCUCCCCCGCACCUCUCCGCCGCCGUUAGACCCGAGUUCCGCCGGGGAACACGCCACCAACAGGGCGGCGGAGGCGGGGCUGGGCUUGGGCCGUGCGGCGGAGGCGGGGCCGGGCCUGACGCAGGGCUGUUUGCGGCGGGGAAGGCCGGGCCGGGUGGUGGAGGUGCUGUCAUGGCGAGUCAGUCGCAGGGCAUCCAGCAGUUGCUGCAGGCCGAGAAACGCGCCGCGGAGAAGGUGGCCGAGGCCCGCAAGCGAAAGAAUCGAAGGCUGAAGCAGGCCAAAGAAGAAGCCCAGGCAGAGAUUGAGCAGUACCGCCUGCAGAGGGAGAAAGAGUUCAAGGCCAAGGAAGCAGCGGCACUUGGAUCUCAUGGCAGCUGCACCACUGAAGUUGAGAAAGAGACCCAGGAGAAGAUGAGUGUCAUCCAGCAGAACUUCCAGAAGAACCGGGAGGUGGUCCUCUCCCAGCUCUUGUCUCUUGUGUGUGACAUCAAACCUGAAAUCCAUGUGAAUUACCGCAUCAAUGGGUAGUCGUGGGAGAAGGAAUAAGCAUACUGGGAAUGGCUGGUAGUAACAGCUGAGCUUCAGGUGGAAUGUACAGCUUUUAGCCAUACCUUAACUGUUCUUCUUGUAAAUGUGCUAAGUUAUUUCAGUGUGGUGUUGGAGUUCUGUUAGUUUCUCUCUUGACACUGAUUUAGAGCUUAAUCAAACAUUAAAUGGCCACGUCUCAAAUCUGUGCUAAGUUAUUAUAUAUAUAUUUGAGUUGGCACAUUAAAGCUCCCUUUUUAUCUGGGUAGCAUUCAGUGAAAGGUUCUGUUCUGUAAAGCAGAAAGGGGAGAGAGAUGCUGGCCAGGUUUAGAUGGAGAGCCAGUGUCAGUAAUCAUUAGACCUGUGUAACUGUUUUCUUGUUGACCAAAAUGCAUUUCUCAGUGUGGUGUUAACCUUUGUACAGGGGUUAAACCUUGUUCAGAAGAAUUCUCUGGCUGUGCAGUGCUGGCUGAUAAUUUUCAGGUGCUUGAAUUUCUCUGUCUUUACUAUCCUCUAUAUAUUCUACUGUUAGCUUGAGUUACAAGUCUGGCACCAUGACACUUGAAAGUAAAACCACUUACUUAACUCCA